AUGAAUACACACCAGCCCGUCUCGUCUGCCAUUGAGGGCGUCGAGUUUGGCUUCCUCGCGGCCAGCGACAUCCGCGCGCUCUCGGUGAAGCGCAUCACCAAUCCGACCACCUUCGAUACGCUGCUACACCCUGUGGCUGGAGGUCUACAUGAUGCUGCACUCGGCGCCUUCCUCGACAACCCAUGCACCACAUGUGGCCUCACGACCUUUCUCGGCUGCCCUGGCCAUUGUGGCCAUAUCGAGCUGCCCGUACCGGUCUACCAUGUCACGUUCAUGGAUCAGUUGCUGCGGCUGCUGCGCGGCAAGUGCGUCUAUUGCCAUCAGUUCAAGCUUGCCCGUGUACAGAUCAACGAAUAUGUCUCGAGGCUGCGAUUGAUUCGAUGUGGGUUGGUCCGGGAAGCAAAUGAGAUGCAUGAGCACAUCGACAUCAACAAGGGCAAGACUGGCAAGAAGAAUGUGCAGGACUCGGACUCUGACGACGAUCACGAGGACAUUGUCGGACAACGAAACAACUAUGUCAAGAAGUGCAUGAAGCGCGCGGGCAUUUCCAAGCAUGAUGCGCGGUCGGUGCGCGAAAAGAAUGACACCAUUGCAGAGGCGCGGAGACAAGUGCUGAAAGAAUUCUAUCAGCAACUCGUGGCAGGCAAAAAAUGCAGGAAUUGUCAGGGUAUCAAUCCAACAUACCGCAAAGACCGAGGCAUCAAGGUCUUCCAAAAAAAUCUCAGCGCAAAGGAGAAGGCGCAGAUGGCUGCAGCUGAAAAGCGUUUUUCUAAUCCUCUAGACAUCUUGGCCCGACGAGAAGCAAAGGCGAAGAAGCAGACUGUGCAUGCCGAUGAGGGUGUAGCAGAUCUGGAUCCACAAGAUGAGGAGGAUGAUGAGGGCAUUGAUCUGGAUGACAUGCAAGAAGCCGAUGGGUCACUAGUCGCAACAGAGUCGCGGACUACGAAAAGGUCAGGGACGGCCGUCGAUUCUGGGGAUAACGCCCAGGAAUAUAUCACAGCUGCAGAAGUCAGGGCGGCCAUGGUCCUGCUCUUCGAGCACGAGUCCGAGAUGGUACGCCUGCUAUACAGUCCCUACGGCUCAAAGUCACUCGUCGAUGUGACCGCAGACAUGUUCUUCAUGGAAGCCAUCAUCGUACCACCCAACAGAUAUCGCCUGGAAGAUAAGACUGGAGACUCGAUUGCUGAAUCGCCCAAGAAUUCGCUUUACAAGGCCAUCCUGAAUGCUUGCGAAUCCAUGCGCCAGAUCAGCAAUGAAAUGAAGGGCCAGGCGAACGAGGGUGGAUACCGACAGCGGAAUUUCGAUGACCUCCAGACGCAAUGGGUGACUCUACAAGGUUCGGUCAAUGCUUUGAUUGAUCGCGAUGCGAACCCAGUACAGGGCCGAGCCGCCGCCACCACCGCAGACGGUAUCAAACAGCGUCUCGAGAAGAAGGAAGGCCUGUUUCGUAAGAACAUGAUGGGCAAACGUGUCAAUUUUGCUGCCCGUUCUGUUAUUUCGCCCGACCCCAACAUUGAAACCAAUGAGAUCGGUGUUCCGCCAGUCUUCGCCAUGAAGCUUACCUACCCAGAGCCAGUCACCAAUCACAACUUCUAUGAUCUAAAGGAGGCUGUACUGAACGGGCCAGACAAGUGGCCUGGAGCGCAUGCCGUUGAGAACGAAUUUGGACAAGUCAUCUUGCUCAAGAAGAAAAACUACGAGGAACGACUGGCAUUGGCGAACCAGCUGCUUGCACCCUCAAGCUCUUACUCGAAUGGGUCGAAGAACAAGAAGGUGCACCGGCAUCUCAAUAACGGCGAUGUUGUGAUUAUGAACCGCCAACCGACUCUGCACAAGCCAUCGAUGAUGGCCCACAGAGCUCGCGUACUUCCAGGCGAAAAGACGAUUCGCAUGCACUACGCCAACUGUAACACCUAUAACGCUGAUUUCGAUGGUGACGAGAUGAAUAUGCAUUUUCCUCAGAAUGAGCUCGCUCGCGCUGAAGCUAUGACUGUCGCAGACACGGAUCAUCAAUAUCUUUCGGCAACUGCCGGUAAGCCUUUGCGUGGUCUGAUUCAAGAUCACAUCUCCAUGGGAGUCUGGCUGUCGAACAAGGAUACCUUCUUCACUCGUGAAGAGUAUCAUCAGUUACUGUACUCUUGCCUACGACCCGAAGAUGGUCAUACUACGUCGGGUAGGGUCGAAACCGUAGAGCCUGUCAUCUGGAAGCCACGUCCGCUCUGGACUGGUAAGCAGCUCAUCACCACUGUUCUGAAGAAUAUCAAACCUGCGGAAUACCAGCCUUUGACACUUGUCUCGAAAUCCUCGACCCAAGGAGCACUCUGGGGAUCGAACAGUGAGGAGAACAACGUGAUUAUAAAGGAUGGUAUGCUACUAUGCGGUAUCAUGGACAAGGCUCAGAUUGGUCCUGCUCCUGGUGGCUUAAUCAAUGGCAUCUUUGAAGCUUACGGUGAAACAAUUGCUGGACGAGCUUUGAGCAUCAUUGGACGACUCCUCACCAAGUUACUCCAUAUGCGUGCAUUCUCCUGCGGCGUCGAAGAUCUAAUUUUAACAGAAGAAGGAGAUCAGGCGCGUUUAGCAGAGCUUCGAAAAGCCGAGAAAGUUGGGUUUGAGGUGGCAGCCAAAUACGUUACAAUGGACACGGCAAAGAUCGAUGCAAACAAUCCAGAGCUCCGCCGACGUCUCGAAAGCGUUCUUCGCGACGAUACUAAGCAACAUGGAUUGGAUCUGCUCACGAAUACCGCCAACGGUCAAAUUUCUACCGCUGUCACUGCUGCCUGUUUGCCGAACAAGCUCAUCAAAGCUUUCCCCAAGAACCAGAUGCAAGCUAUGACAGGCUCCGGAGCUAAGGGAAGUAUGGUCAACGCCAAUCAAAUUUCCUGCAAUCUUGGUCAGCAAGUUCUGGAAGGUCGGCGAGUACCGAUUAUGGUCAGUGGUAAAUCGCUACCAUGCUUCAAGCCCUUCGAGACGAGCGUUCGUGCAGGUGGUUACAUUGUCAACCGUUUCUUGACUGGCAUCCGACCCCAAGAGUACUAUUUCCAUAUGAUGGCUGGCCGCGAAGGUUUAAUCGAUACUGCAGUCAAGACAUCGCGUUCCGGGUAUCUUCAGCGCUGUAUCGUCAAGGGCAUGGAGGGACUCAAGGUUGAAUACGACACAUCGGUCCGCGAUUCAGAUGGUUCCAUGGUCCAGUUCUUGUACGGUGAAGACGGUCUGGACAUCACGAAACAGAAGUACCUCAAGGAUUUCAAGUUCCAGGCACAGAACUUUUUGUCUCUUGCUCAAGCACUGCAAACUCAAGAAGCGUUCGCGCAAGUCUUCAGUCCCGAGGCGGCAGAACACAACAAGAAAGCAGCCAAGAAGGCUCGAAAGGGCGAUGUCACGGCUAUGGAUCCAUACUGUGAAAAGAAUCCGGACAAGUUGCUCAAGAAUAAGAAGAAGGACCCAGAAGGUGAGAUUCUGAAGAAGAGUUUCGAGCAAAUGCUGGACCUGAAGUAUCUCCGAUCGCUUGUUGAGCCUGGCGAAGCAGUAGGCGUCGUUGCUGGCCAGUCGAUCGGUGAGCCUUCGACACAGAUGACGCUCAACACUUUCCAUUUGGCUGGUCACUCCGCAAAGAACGUCACGCUCGGUAUCCCACGUCUGCGAGAAAUCGUAAUGACGGCUAGUGCGAAGAUUUCCACGCCUGCUAUGCAGCUUUUCCCCCACCCAGAGCUCUCCAAGAAGGACAACGAGAAAUUUGCGAAGAGUAUCUCUCGUCUGCCACUCUCUUCUGUUUUGGACAAGGUCACCGUGACUGAGACUUCUGGGCCGGGUACACAAUUUUCUCAGGCAAGGAGCUAUAAGAUCCGCCUCGACUUCUACCCUUCCAAGGAGUACACUCAAGAGUAUGCCAUCAAUGUACGCGACGUCGCAGAGUCCAUCGAACAAAAGUUCACUCCGCGUCUCCAGAAAAUCAUACGUGCAGACUUGAAGAAGAAGGGAGAGAACAAGUCAUUGUCUACAGCCAAGUCCGCCGGUAUUCCCACAAUCGGUGAGGCUUCUGGUACCACUGAACAGCAAACUCUCCAUGGUGGUGACGAGGCGGUCGAUCGCGAGGGCGGUCGUGAUGACGAUAACAGUGACGAUGGAGAGGGCGAAGGCGACACAACUGCUGCCAAGGAACGAGGCAGACGAGACGACAGUGUCGGCUACGAAGAGCCUGAAGAGGAAGAGCAGGCCUUCAACGACAGGCUCGAUCGCGAGGAAGCCAGCGAAGAUGAUGAAACUUACGGGGGUAGUCCCCGGCCCUCGCGCGCAGCUACUCCCGAAUCCGACUCUGACGAUGAAGACGAACAAAUGCUCGUCCCUAGCGACGAAGCCUCGGAUAUUCGCAGAGACCGCAUCAUGAACAAGAAUCCCGACGUCUUCGACUUCACCUUUGACGACCGCAAGGGCGCUUUCUGCGAGAUCACCUUUGAAUUCUCGACGGCUACCCCUAAGCUCCUGAUGCUGCACCACGUCGAAUCCGCCGCCACCUUUGCAACCAUUCACGUCAUUCCCGGCAUCACCGCCGCGCAAUUCGCCGCAGAAGGCGACGAACCCGUCAUCAACACCGACGGCAGCAAUCUCCUCGCCAUGCGCGAGUACUACCACAUCAUCGACGUAAACCGCAUCUUCACCAACGACAUCGUCGCCAUGCUGCAACUCUACGGCGUAGAAGCUUGCCGCGCGACCAUUGUCCGCGAAAUGCACGGCGUCUUCGCCGGCCACGGUAUCAGCGUCGACCAGCGCCAUCUCAAUCUCAUUGCCGACACGAUGACCAAGGGCGGAGGCUUCACACCCUUCAACCGCAUCGGCCUCAGAGGCAACGUCAGUCCGUUUAUGAAGAUGAGUUUUGAAACCACGGUUGGCUUCCUCAAGGACGCAGUGCUAGAGCGCGACUGGGACGAUUUGAAGAAUCCUAGCGCGAGGAUCGUGGUGGGCAGACUUGGUGGGAUUGGCACUGGCGCAUUUGAUGUGCUUGCCCCGGUCCGUGUUGUUGAUCCGCUGAAGCAGGCGGUUGAGGAGGUGGAGGAGGUGGUUGAGGGCGUGGAAGAGUCGGCGGUGCAAGACGAGGAGGAGGAUGAUGUCGAGAUGAAUGAUGCGUAA